GUCACCGCGUCACAUGACCACCACGUCCUCCAUCUUGUUUCUGUGACUAGAGAUCGUCGGACGACACCUUCGCAAAAAAACCUUCGGAAAAUGGUUUUAUAACCUCCACACAACGCCAUUUGCUCACCCGAGAACGACAACCACCAAGGCGUCCUCUCCCUGUAGUAGAAAAAUCUCAAGAUGGCGCUGAAGAAAGUUAAAGGGAGCCUUGAGCGCGUUUUUGACAAGAACCUGCACGAUUUGGUACGUGGCAUACGGAACCACAAAGAUGACGAGGCCAAGUUCAUCGCCCAGUGCAUUGAUGAGAUUAAACAGGAGCUGCGACAAGACAACAUUGCAGUCAAGGCAAAUGCCGUCGCCAAACUCACCUAUCUUCAAAUGCUGGGUUAUGACAUCAGCUGGGCUGCCUUUAAUGUCAUCGAGGUCAUGAGCUCCAACAAGUUCACGUUCAAGAGGAUUGGAUACCUUGCUGCGUCGCAGUCCUUCCAUGAGGAGACGGAGGUCCUGAUGCUGACCACCAACAUGAUCAGGAAGGACCUGAGCAGUCAGAACCAGUACGACGCCGCCAUCGCGCUCAAUGGACUCUCCUGCUUCAUGACCCCUGACCUGGCACGAGACCUGGCCAACGACGUCAUGACUCUGAUGACGUCCACCAGGCCAUACAUUAGGAAGAGGGCAGUCCUCAUCAUGUAUAAGAUCUUUCUCAAGUUCCCAGAAGCUUUGAGACCAGCCUUCCCAAGACUGAAGGAGAAACUAGAAGAUCCAGAUCCUGGUGUACAGUCAGCUGCUGUUAAUGUGAUCUGUGAACUGGCCAGGAAGAACCCUAAGAACUAUCUGUCCCUGGCACCUGUCUUCUUCAAACUCAUGACGUCCUCCACCAACAACUGGGUCCUUAUCAAGAUCAUCAAACUGUUUGGAGCGUUGACACCCCUGGAGCCCAGACUGGGAAAGAAGCUGAUAGAACCGCUCACCAACCUCAUUCACAGUACAUCGGCGAUGUCCCUACUGUAUGAGUGCAUCAACACAGUCAUAGCAGGCAUGCCAAACCACAACGCCUCUAUACAGCUGUGUGUGCAGAAGUUGCGAAUCCUGAUCGAAGACUCGGAUCAGAACUACGAGGGGACGUUCGGCGACAGCCAUGCUAGCGACGGGCAGGCCCAACAGUCCCUGGUUUCUGACGGGUCCCCGUCUUCCCAGCAAAGUGCCUCCAUGAAGUACCUGGGACUGCUGGCCAUGUCUAAGAUCCUGAAGACCCACCCCAAGUCUGUCCAGGCUCACAAGGACCUGAUCCUGCAGUGUCUGGACGAUAAGGACGAGUCCAUCCGUCUCAGGGCACUCGACCUGCUAUAUGGCAUGGUGUCUAAGAAGAACCUGAUGGAGAUCGUGCGUAAGUUGAUGAUUCACAUGGACAAGGCGGAGGGAUCCAUGUACCGGGACGAACUCCUGUCCAAGAUCGUACAGAUCUGCAGCCAGAAUAACUACCAGUACAUCACCAACUUUGAAUGGUAUGUGAGUGUGCUGGUAGAACUGACCAGGGUGGAGGGAACACGACAUGGCAGUGUCAUCGCCUCACAGAUGUUAGAUGUCGCCAUCAGAGUCAAGGCCAUCAGGGCAUUCGCUGUGGAACAGAUGGCCCAACUGUUGGAGAACUCCCACGUUGUGGCCAGCUCUGCCCAGAGGAAUGGGAUAUGUGAGGUCCUGUACGCCGCCGCAUGGAUAGCCGGCGAGUUCUCCGAGCACCUGAGAGACCCGCGGGGGACGUUAGAAGACAUGCUGCGACAGAAGGUCACGUCUCUUCCCGGCCACAUCCAGGCCGUGUUUGUACAGAACAUCAUGAAGCUGUACGCCGCGAUCCUGGUUAAGUACGAGGAGGAUGGGGAUGCUGACGGGAUCCGGGAGGUCAGCGACCUGCUGGUGGAGAAACUGCCCAUGUUUGUGCAGAGCGGAGACCUCGAGGUCCAAGAGCGAGCAUGCUGCAUCCUCCAGCUGAUGAAGUAUGUGAAAAAGCUGCAGGACAAGGACGUCUCAUGUGCUGAUGAGGUGGCGGCCCUGUUUGCGGGAGAGUUGAACCCCGUGGCUCCAAAAGCCCAGAGGAAAGUGGCCGUCCCCGAGGGUCUGGAUCUGGACAAGUGGAUCAAUGAUCCGCCCUCAGAAAGUUCUGACGACGAAGGCCCGGCUAAUUCUCUCUUCAUUCCCGAUGACAGCAGGAUGAUGAAUGAAAGUCUGACCAGACAAGUAGAGGAACUGUCUGAUGAUGAACUGGAGAGGAGAAGGGAGGCCCGUCGAGCAGAAACCCAGAACAAUCCACACUAUCUCAAGUUAGGAGGACCAGCCAAGGGCUCCAAGUACCAGGAGGUGGUGAACGUAGAAGACAUUCCUGUGGCUAACAUCGACCUCAGUGUCCCUCUGUAUGUGCCGGCCACAGAAAAUUUCCUUGAAACUGAAAGCACAAAGAGAUUGUCAGACAAGUACCUGGAGGCAGAGCGCCAGGCGAGAAAGCGGGAGAAGAAGAGACGUCACGGGAAGAAGAGCAAACGCCGCCACAAGUCAGAGUCUGAGGAGGACGUCCCAGUGGUCCACAAGGUGGACAUCAUGGGCGGAGAGAUGCCAGAGGGUGCAACAGAGUCAGGAGAUGAAGGAGACCAGGAGUUGGAUGACAAUGAUCCUCACAAGCUGCUGGACAUCGACUUGGACAGACCACUGGAGGAUGAUGAGAAACUCCCAGUCAGAACACACCGGAUCGUGUCGCCAUCUGCUGAGGACAGACCUGUGGAGGAGAAAAAAAAACACCACAGGAAAGACAAGGAGAAAGACAAGAAGAAAGAGAAAAAGGAAAAGAAGAAAAGUAAAAAGGAAAAGAAGAGGAACAAGUCCGGUGAUGACUCUGCCCACCCCAGCUUGUUGAUAGCUACAGAGUUGAUGUCCCCGGGUCACGAGGCCAUCCCCUCACCAGGUGAGGAGGAAGAAGCAGCAACACCUUCUGUACCUGUCAAGAAAGACUCAACACCUAAAAAGGAAGAACCUAAGGAUGACUUGGACUUCUGGCUUUCUGGCCAAGAUGCUCCGGUGGCAGUUGAGGUGACAGCACCUGAACCAGCAGCUGCUGCAGAUGUGGAUUCAGAUGCUGAGGACACCAGUAGGCACAAGAAGAAGAAGGCCAAGAAAGAAAAGAAGGAAAAGAAAGAGAAGAAGGAGAAAAAGGAGAAGAAAAAGAAAUCAAAGGUAGCAGAUGAGGAAGAAGAGGGUGGAAGAGAUGGUUUUGAAGAACUCACUAGUAGUGAUGCAGCUCCACUUCCUCCCAUGACGAGUUACAGACUUCUCGCGGAGGACUCCCACAUAAAGAUGACGUACGAGACCCGUGUCCAGCCCCAGCAGGGUCAGCAGCUCAUCGUGUCUGUCAUCUUCACCAGCCAGGCUCAGCACCAUCUCAAGUCACUGGAGUUCAACGUCAUGGACUCUCUCAACACCAAGAUGGACAGACUGCCUGGUGCUACAUCCCAUGAUGGGGUUCCUGUACCAUUCCAACUGCCACCUAAUUCUUUCAACGAAGGCCAGUUUGCGUUCCAAGUCCAAAGUAUUAACGUCCCCCAGAAGCUACGGGGAACGUUGACGUACACCAUCAAGACGGAGGAAAGUUCCACCAGUGAGAAGCUGGAUUUUAAGCUCUACCUGCCGUGUACUGCAUUCCUGGUUGCCACGCCCUGCUCAAGUGAUGCCUUUGCCCGACUGCUGCAAGGUGGAGACCUCAGCUCCAAAUACUCCAUAAAACUGUCCAACAGUGGAGCUCCCUUCUCACACCUCCUGGCUAAGGUCUGCUUCUACGGACACUUUGCAAUUGUAGAACAGAUUGACCAGAGUGCAUCCCUGUACAGCUGCUCUACACAAGGUCAUCACAUCUGUCUGCUCGUCAAGGCAAAUGGUGGAGGUGACAUCUCCAUCGAUGGGAAGAGUUCAGACGCCUCACUACUGUCCAAUGUCAUGGAGGAAAUCAAAGUCACUGCCUCAUAAUGGCACCAACAUGUCACAGCUCCAGGGUAUACAUAGCAAUGUCCACAACAAUAAAGGAUGAAAUCCUCUGCAUUACAGAAUAGAUCUACUUACAAUUCAGUCCAGUUCUAUCAUCUUAUUAACAAUCAGUGUGUGGGAUCAUGGUUCUGUUUCCUUUGGAAACAUUCUAUAAUCCGAACUUUUUCAUCUUUUUGGUAAAUCAAAAAGAUUUAAUGUUGGCCAUUGGAGUUCUCCACACGACUCCAUUUUGUGUCCAUGGUACGAACUUGCUCCCGAGGUGAAGUCACUAUGAUCAAGAGAAGUGUUGUCAUCCCUGUCUCAAGAUUGCCCAUUUUCAUGGGGUAGGGGGGCUGCACUGUAGCCCUAGAACUGUGAUAAUCGUGGAGGAACACAUCGAUAUGUCCCACUGAGGCUGUUGUGAUCUUGUACAUCCUUGUACUUUACCCUCAGAGCCUUCGCCUUCGAUCAGCACUGAGAUGCUGUGCUAUUGAAGUUGUGUUCCUUCACGGCCGUGGCAAUUUCUUCGUAUACCCCCAGGUUCCGAUGUGCACAAUCAAGCAGGUUUUCUCUGGAUCUCCCAAUUUCCCAAACACCCUGAAUUUCCAAGUUUUGCCAGUAUUCAAAGGAUUCUUGUAUCUUUCAAGGGCUUGCUUUUGAAAUGCCUAAAAGUAGCACCUGCUUUGACUAACCUCAUGCAGUGAUCUCACGUCAUAAACUUCAAUUUGUGCAUGGUGUUCAACGACGUUCUUGAUUUUGAAGCUUGGUGUCUGGCUCAUACUCUGUUAUGAUUUAUGUAUUUUUCAUUUGUGAUGGUGACCUGGUAACAAUAACACACAGAGUUUGGGAAGAAUUUCUUUUGAACUAUUUCUCGUGGAAAGGGAAAAGAGGCCUAUCCCCCCACCUUGAAUGCAUGGUGUACUGAAUGUAAGGGUAACUUGACCGGAUGUUAUGUCUUUUACAUACAAGUGCCAACUCCAGGGCUGCUAGAUAUGGCUUAGAUAGAUAACAGGAAGGAAAGCAAACUAUUAGAUUUAUAUAAUUGCAGAGGGUAAUUCUUGAAGACUGCAUAGCAUCUUACCUAGCUUUUACACUUGCAAAUUUAAUGAAUAUAAAUUACAAAAUGCACAUGGUACAAGCAAUGAUAGGCUUCCACUGCGUCCUACUAUGUGCACUAGAGUGUAUAUAAUGUAAAUGUAAUGAUUCAAUCCAGGAGAGAGAUGAAGAAUAAUAAAUAUUCAAGAGG